AUGCCAAAAGUUACGUUGCCACAGCUACCUGUGUCUGGGCUUUUCGCCGUCAUGAAACCUUCCGGACCGACAUCGAUGUCUGUCAUCAACGAUCUCAAACAAUUGGUUGGCAACUCGCGUUUGUUUGUGGAUGCAGACAAAUUGGAAACGCGCGGUAAAGGUAAAAUCCCUACUAGAGGGAAACGGGCACGAGGGAUAGUGAAGAUAGGACAAGGAGGGACGCUCGAUCCUCUUGCUGAUGGCGUUCUGGUCGUAGGUAUUGGAAAAGGGACUAGACAUCUUAACGAGUUUUUGGAUUGUGUAAAGGAAUACCGCACGACGGCGCUUUUGGGAUGCGAAACUGAUACCUACGAUAGUGAAGGUAGCCGAGUGCGUGUUGCACCCUGGAGACAUGUCACUCGAGAAGCCGUGGAAUCCGCAUUGAGCAACUUCAGAGGGGAAAUACACCAGGCGCCCCCAAUUUUCUCCGCGCUCAAGAUGGAAGGUAGACCGCUGUACGACUAUGCUCGGAAAGGCAUACCCCUGCCUCGGCCUAUCGAAAAGAGGAAAGUCACGAUACACUCCUUAGACAUUCUCGAAUGGAAAGGAAGUGACCACCAAUUCCGUUGGCCAGAAAAGGAAUUCACUUCUGAUGAAAAAAAAGCAAUGGAAAAGGCCUUAGAAGGAGUCGAAGAAAACCCUAUUAUCAAAGAUGAACUAGAGCCUGCGGUGGGUGACGAGUCUCCGACGGCAUUCGUACUCAGUAUGAAGGUUUCCGGUGGGACAUACGUACGCUCAAUCGUGCAUGAUCUGGGUCAUGCGGUCGGAUCAGCUGCUCAUGUUGUAACUUUAACUCGUUCUCGACAAGGCCGUUUUGCGCUCGAACCAGCUACCGAUUCCGAAGAUAAAGGAUGUGUUCCUUGGGACGUAUUUUCGCGGGCUUCUGAAUCCGAGGGCGAUGUAGGCGAAGACGGCUGGACACAAUGGGAGCGGGAAGUCAUCGAUCACCUGGAAAUCGUUGAAGGUCCGAAGCCCCAAAAAACUUCUUGA